GUUGUAGAAGAAGAAGCUAUGUAAAAGGAAAGGAACUGAUUCAGACAAAGUCAGAAACUCGAAGGAGGGAGGACCAGAAAAAAAAGAAAGGAAGAAGAAGAAACAGGUAGGAAAUAAAUAAAAAAAAGUUGAGGCCGAAGAGAUGCUAGGAAAAUGUGGAAGGAUAUCGGAGAUAGAGAAAUGGGUAAAAUCCGUCCGAAUUCCUUUUCAAGUCGGAUCAAAUCCAAUCGGAUUUCCAAUCUCCAGCUCUCCAAUAAUAAGGACAUCGUUUCUUCUCACAGAGGCUCCAUCAAUUCCCUUCAGGUGGAUUUGACUGAGGGAAGAUAUUUGCUAUCGGGUGCAUCUGAUGCAUCGGCUGCUGUUUUUGAUAUUCAAAGAGCAACUAACUAUGAAGGAGAUGGUCUGAUUGCCAAACACAAAUGUUUGUUUUCGGUGGAUAAGCAACACCAAAAGGGACAUAAAUAUGCCAUUUCAUCUGCCAUUUGGUAUCCUGUUGACACGGGACUAUUCGUUACAGGUUCUUAUGAUCAUCAUAUUAAAGUUUGGGACACGAAUACGACUCAGGUGGUGAUGAAUUUUAAAAUGCCUGGAAAGGUUUAUAGGACUGCUAUGUCUACAUUGGCAACAUCUCAUAUGUUGAUUGCUGCUGGAACUGAAGAUGUGCAAGUUCGCCUUUGUGAUAUUUCUUCAGGGGCAUUUGCUCACACUUUAUCUGGCCACCGUGAUGGAGUAAUGACUGUGGAAUGGUCUACAUCCAGUGAGUGGGUCUUGAUAACAGGUGGAUGUGAUGGUGCAAUUCGAUUUUGGGACAUUCGACGAGCUGGAUGUUUUCUUGUUUUGGAUCAGUCCCAGUCACAACUUGGACAGCGUCCACCUGUCUUGGCUCGUUCAGCUGCAAAUAAGGUCUCAGUCUCAAAGUCACUGUCAGCUGGCCAAAACUUAUUGGUAAAAUCAAGAGUACCACAAAAGAAAUAUGCCAAUGGGCAUGGAAUGAAACAGUCAACCAUUGGUCGAUUGCCAUCUAAGGGUUAUGCAAGACAAAGACUACAUCCCGGGAUGCUGUCCAUUCAGGAUCGUGCCACUGCUCAUUAUGGUGCCGUAACUGGUUUAAAAGUAACUGAUGAUGGCAUGUACCUUCUAAGUGCAGGCUCUGAUUCUAGAAUAAAAUUGUGGGAUCUUGAAUCUGGCUACAAUACACUUGUAAACUUCGGAAAGGUGCGCCUCCAAGCAAGCAAGGCAAUUCAGUUAGCCGUAUCUCAGGAUUCAGCUCAAGUUUUUGUCCCAUGCAUGGCAGUCGUGAAAGCAUUUGACGUAUGGUCUGGUAAAAUGUCCCUUACAUUUCGAGGCCACUAUGAAUCUGUCAACUGUUGUUGGUUCAGUUCACAGGAUCAGGAACUAUAUACAGGUGGCAAUGAUCGACAAAUUCUUGUCUGGUCUCCAAGCAAACCGAUUACGGAUGACACGAAUGAAAGGCAGGCUAAAGAUGAGGAUAGUUGGAGUGAUUAGAAUCUGGUGCUACCAUCUUUAGCUUCUUUCUACCUCUUGUAUAUAUAUAUAUAUUAGAUGGAUGUGUAUAUGUACAUUUCUUUUCCGGUUUUAUUGUUUGUUGUUCGUUGAAGGAUAUAAUUAAAUUAAAUGAGUACUUUGUUGUUCCAGGAAAAGGCAUUGCCAUCCAUGCAAUUGGGCCUUCCAAACUAUAUAAAAGUUUAGCUUUCAUCAAA